CUUUACGACUAUUCGAGCAGAGGCUCGGGGCCGGCGUCUGCCGCUCGCUUUUUCUGGGGUCCACACGUGGGCCGCGGUCGGUGUUCUGGCCGGUAGUUCGUACCUGUUGGCUUGGACGAGCCACAUUGAAGGACAGAGUAUUGGCGGAAGUCAAAGAUCCGGAGCUGAUGGAUUUCGCUGCUGAAAAUGAAGAGACGUCGGGAGGAGGUCAGAGCGGAGCUGAGGGGGCGCGGCUAGGUCUGGAGUCCGAUGGAGAGAGAGUCCGGGGCACCGGAGGGACCGAGGAGGCUGGAGGUGGGGAGGCGGGGAGUGCACUGGACGGAACGGGGAAGAUAGGGGAAGGCGCAGGAGGUGGACGAAGGGCAGGGAUGCGGGUGGACCUAACGGUCGUGAAGCAGGAAGUAGUGGACUGGUCAGAAACGGAACAAGGUGUGUUGAAUGACCCGUGGGCGAAGCAGGAGGUGGAGGACGGGCCCGAGGUGAAAGAGGAAAAACCAGGCACCCUGGAGGUGAAGCAGGAGACGGAUAGCAAUCUGAUGGUAAAAGAAGAGGAGGAGGAAGAGCCAGAGGUUAAGGAAGAGAAGGUGAAGGUGAAGGAAGAAGUGACGGACUGGCUAGAAGUGACGGAAGAGAAGAAAGACAGCUUGGAGAUUAAACGGGAGGAGGUGUUUCUAGGUCAGAACAUAAAAACGGAGGAAAGAGUGGAUGGAAUGUGUGUAAAAGAAGAGAAGAAUGUCCCGAAAGAAGAGGUGAUGGCCGAUGCACAGGUGAAAGAAGAGCCUCAGAUGCAUCCCCCAGUGGGCUCCAAGCGGAAACUGGCCAUGUCCAGAUGUGAAACUUGUGGUACAGAAGAAGCAAAGUACAGAUGUCCGCGUUGUAUGCGACAUUCCUGCAGUUUGCCCUGUGUGAAGAAACACAAAGCAGACCUGACGUGUAAUGGAGUUCGAGAUAAAACUGCAUAUGUUUCAAUACAGCAGUUUACUGAAAUGAAUCUCCUGAGUGAUUACCGAUUUUUAGAAGAUGUGGCAAGAACAGCAGACCAUAUUUCUAGAGAUGCUUUCUUGAAGAGACCCAUAAGCAAUAAACAUAUGUACUUUAUGAAAAAUCGUGCUCGAAAGCAAGGUAUUGACUUAAAACUUCUACCCAUUGGAUUCACGAAAAGGAAAGAAAAUUCAACAUUUUUUGAUAAGAAAAAACGACAGUUUUGCUGGCACGUGAAGCUGCAGUUUCCUCAGAGUCAAGCCGUGUACGUAGAGAAGAGAGUACCAGAUGAUAGAACCAUUAAUGAAAUUCUAAGACCUUACAUUGAUCCUGAAAAGUCUGAUCCUGUAAUUCGUCAAAGGUUGAAAGCCUAUAUUCGCUCUCAGACCGGGGUCCAAAUAUUGAUGAAGGUUGAACAUAUGCAGCAAAAUUCAGUGAGAUACUAUGAACUGGAUCCUGACAAAAGUCUGCUUGACAAUCUGCGGAGCAAAGUGGUCAUUGAAUACCCGACGUUGCACGUGGUGUUGAAGGGGCACAGUGUCGACCUGAGGGCCUCACCAGGGCCGACGAGGAGAGGUGAGAAUCGUCAGGAACUGGGAUCGGUCGAGGACCUCGGAUGUGUCGGGCAGUGUCGCGAGGGAUUUACGCGGAGUAACUCCUUUCAUCUUCGUCACGACUUUCCGGCGUAGGCGCGGUUCUCGUCCCCCUUCACCAGUGAGGGCGCACGGGCCAAGGGGAGGCUCCCACGGUGUCCUUGACGGGGGGCGCGGCUCCGGGCAGGCUGCGGCUCUGAGAGCCUGUCCACAGCCCCGCCAGGGGGGCCUGGCGCCCCGUGAGGAACACCCAGCCCCCCUCAUCUGCUUCCACAUCCUGAGCAGAAAAAUGUCCCCGGGCACCUCCUGCCAGCUCCAUCUGCGAAGCGUGUGAGCUGCUGUUUGAAUAAGGGUGACUAACGGGGAAAGCAGCGGGUUUAUGAACUUCAGACUGUGAACUCCAGGAAGAGAAUGACUCAGGCCUCCACAUUCCUGAGAUGCCUGCCGGAGGCUUGGUGACCUCAGACAGUAGGAACCUGAGGCCUCCUGCGAGGAAGAGUGAGGGCAGAAGGCCAGGGCUGGGCGAGUGGCCUCUGUGCGCCUGCCCUGCUGUUCCCACUGCCUGGAACGCCUUUCCUUAAGCCCUGGCCUGCUUGUGCCCCAAGGCUUAGCCACCUGUGUCCUGCCCUGGCUGCUGCAGCAGAAGCAGAGGCUCCACAGGGCUCUGUGCCUGGCUUUCUCACCCCAAACCCCGGCCCUAGAGAACCGUGCUGGGAACACAUCCGCCCACACCCUCCUCACUCACCCCGGAGCUGGCAUCGUCCCCGAGUGGAGGGGGCAGCCCGUCUGGUCUCGUCUCUGGUCUGGCCAUGCGGGCUGGCUGCCCACCCUCACCUCCCUGGUGACUUAAAGUAGUGUGUGUCCAUCUGCCCUCCCACGGACAGCAACCUCCCAAAGCACAGGGACACCGGGCCCGGGCCCUGGUCUCAGCAAGUAGCACAGGUCUGCUGAAGUUAAAUCGCCAGGUCUGCAUCUUUCUCCUUGGCUGGUACCUCCAGCCUCCCUUUCCUGACCAAGCGUAACCUCACAGCUGGCCCGCAGAGGGAGAGAACCAUCUCCCAAGUCAAAAAGGGUGACUGUCGGCGGCGGGGGUGUGGGCAGGGGCAGAGCAGACGCCUGCCCUGAGCUCUGGCACCACGCGGGGGAGUCCAGGGCUGGCUCUCACUCCAGCUGCAUCGCACGGCACCACAGGGUGCCGCUCUGUGGAGGGAGAAGCUGAGGGAGACUCACAGGCAAGAGGACUCUCCAGCCACUUUGCCGAGCGAGCAGCAAGCGCAGGAUGGAAGAGGGACAUGAGGCCAACCGGCCUGUGGGUCUUGGCUCUGGCCCCCGGCCCUUGAGAACAGUGCCCUCUGUGGUCCGCCCGCACACUCGCUGAAGCCGUUGAGGUUGGCAAUGGCGCUAAAUGCCCUAGAGACGUGGGUUCCAGUCUCAUCUCUGGCACUAGGAGGUCGGUGACCUGGCCGGUGUUGUGUGGCCUCCCGUGUCACCUCAUCUGUGGCGCGAAGAGGCAGGGCUGGGGAAGAGGUUAGCUGAGGAGCUGUAGCUCCUGCCCCUGGUCAUUCACUCGAGCGUUUCUCCAGUAACAAAGCCGGCACGAUCCCCGCUCACACGUAGCUGCAGCCCCGGAGAGAGAGGGGAGGGUGCGGGCAGUGCGGGUACCGACCUACUGGCGCACGUGCCAUCAGGAAAGUGGGAUUUGAUUACCUAAAUGGGGUUCAGAUGGAAAAAUGAGUGUGCAGGCUGAGCAGGGGAGGCCCCCAUCCCGCCUCAUUCUUGCCCCCGGCCCCUCUCACCCUCCUGGUGGCCUUCCUGUCACUGGCCACCGGUGGCAGCCGUCUGAGGAGGUUUGGCCCCCAUCCUGCACAGAGACACCCUUCUGCAGCCUCCCGGGUAGCUCAUGAUCGCCCCUGGGCAGAAGAGCCCUUUCAUGAUUUACCAGAGCAGAUAAAGAAAGAAGCAUAGCGCUCGACCUGGCGGCCAAGGAGUCUGGCAAUUCAGACCUUAUAGAUGGAGUUAAGAUUGACUUCAAGUUCAAACUCAGCCUUUUUUGUAUAGGAACCCUGCCUUAUAGGUAUGUAUAUAAAGUCUCAUCAGGACUUUCAUUCAGGUAUUUUAAACAUCCCGGCUCUACUGUAGGAUCAACACUUAGGGCGCCUUCGCUGCUUAGGGGGAUCAGCUACGCAGAACAAAAGAAACCAAGAUCCCUGAGAGAAAAUGACAUUUAAACUUUAAAAGACUCCAGAGAGAGAAAAGUUGCUUUGCAUGUUCUGACUUCUUGAGUUCCUUAUCAUUUGAGAAGUGCUUCCCCCCCAUCCUCCCACCCCGACCCAGGAAUUUGUAUAUUUCGUUGAGUCAAAAGCGCAGAUUCCGAGAUACACAGCAGCGGGGUGCAGUGAUCAAGAAACACUUGUUUUGGAAUUAGAGACCUUGGCUGAAAUCCUGCCUUCCACGAAUUGUGGCUUUGAGCUACUUAUUGAGGUUAUCCGGACCUCGCUUUCCUUAUCUCUAAUGUGGGAGUAGGAGUUGCUGUUGUUGCUCAGUGGUAAUGAAACCAACUGGUACCCCUGAGGACGCAGGUUCAAUCCUUGGCCUUGCUCAGUGGGUUAAGGAUCCAGCAUUGCCGGGAGCUGUGGUGUGGGUCACAGAUGGGGCUCAGAUCCCACGUUGCUGUGACCGUGAUGUAGGCUGGCAGCUGUAUAUCAGAUUCAACCCCUAGCCUGGGAACCUCCAUAUGCCACCAGUGUAGCCCUAAAAAGACAAAAAAAAGUUAAAAAAAAAAAAAAAAAAACUAAAGUGGGAGCAAUAAAUUGUCCUUGAGACUUUUUUUCCCACAAACUGUAAACACAUCGAGAACAUCCUGGCACAGAGCAGUUGAUAACUGACGCAUUUCUCUCGCCAUCGCCCCCAUCAUUGUAGAGCUUGCCCAUGGCCAGAAAGGUGUGGAUUUUGUAAGGACCUGGGAAAAAGAUACUCUCUCUUCCACGUGUUACAGUGAAAUGUAAUAAGAAGGAACAUGGGAGUUCCGUCAUGGCUCAGUGGUUAACAAAUCUGACUAGGAACCAUGAGGUUGUAUGUUCGAUCCCUGGCCUUGCUCAGUGGGUUAAGAAUCCGGCGUUGCCAUGAGCUGUGGUGUAGGUCACAGAUGCAGCUUGGAUCCCGCAUUGCUGUGGCUCUGGCGUAGGCCGGUGGCUACAGCCCCGACUAGACCCCUAGCCUGGGAACCUCCAUAUGCCUCAAGAGCAGCCCUAGAAAAGGCAAAAAGACAAAAAAAAAAAAA